UUGCGUUAGUAGACUCCCGCUUAAUUCUAUAGAAAAUAAAAACCGACAGCGAUUUCAUUCUGAAAGUGCAAUAGUUUAUUUAGUAGAUAUAAAGGUAGAUAAAGUCAAUAACGGUUUAAUUUUUACCUAUCAAUUUACAAGAUUGUCUUUCCUAUCUACUAAAGCUAUCUUUGCUAUCUGAUUAAUUUAUAUUGAACGGUUGUUCCUGUCUUUACGAAUUCUUUAUUCUUCUUAUUACUCUCCUUUCUUCCUUGAUUUUAGUUUUCGUUGGUAAUGCGACCUCUCAGUUCUUCUUUGUGGGUGUUGGCUCUCUUUGCGAGCUCUGUAUCGGCACGAUUUUCUGACUUUGAAGCGUUCAAAGACAAAUUUAAUCUCCAGGAAAAUCUAGGAACUCUUAGUAUUUACCAUCAACCAUAUUUUACUGGCUUAAGCACUGCAUUUCCAGAGUCAUGUGAAAUUCGUCAAGUCCAUAUUUUACAACGCCAUGGUUCACGAAACCCAGCUAGUGAUGACGGUUUGUCUAGCGCUAUAAAACUUGUAGAAAUGCAAGAUAAGUUACUGAAUGGGUCACUCCCAAUAAACUAUACGAUUCCUAACAAUCCUUUUCGGUUCGUCAGAUCUUGGGUUCCCGUAAUUAAUAUUCGUAAUACCGAUCAGCUUUCCAGUAUGGGUCGUGUUGAACUUUUUGAAAUGGGCCGUGAAGUCUUUACUCGGUAUAGAGAGCUAUUUGACGCUGAUGUGUAUUAUAUAAACACAGCUGCUCAGCAGCGUGUCAAGGAAUCUGCAGAGUGGUACAGUUAUGGCAUGUUUGGAGAAGAGAUGGCAAAUAAAACGAAAUUUACUUAUCUUGCUGAGGAUGAGUCUCCAGGCUCCAAUUCUCUAUCCAAUUACAACUCUUGUCCCGUCUACGCCGAAAACAACAUCGAUCUCAAGGAAGUAAACGAAGCUGGUCUUGCUUGGAGAAACGUUUUUUUGCCAAGUAUAGUAAAUCGUCUAAACCCUUACUUUUCAAACUACAAUCUUACCAAUGAGGAUGUUACAAGCUUCUUUUAUUUAUGUGCUUACGAACUCACGCUAAAAGAUGAGAGUGACUUUUGCUCUCUUUUCAACCCGUCAGACAUUAUGAACUUUGAGUAUUCAUACGACGUGGAAUACUCGCUUUAUGGAGGUCCUUCUUCGAAAUGGGUCAAUGUUUUGGGUGGUCCUUAUGUUCAGAGUUUGGCAAAUUCUCUUCGUUCCGUUUAUAACGAAAGCGAUUACCAAAAAGUCUUUUUGGCUUUUACCCAUGAUGGCCAAAUUAUUCCUGUCGAAACUGCCUUGGGUUUUUUUCCUGAUAUAACUCCUGAACACCCUCUCCCUGUAACUCACAAUCCUUACAGCUAUUCUAUGAAAACUUCCUCCUUCGUUCCUUUUGCUGGAAACUUAAUCACCGAGCUUUUCCAUUGCCAAGAUCAAAAGUAUUAUGUCCGUCACCUUGUCAACCAGCAGGUCUUUCCACUGACCGAUUGUGGUUACGGUCCUUCUAAUUCUCCGGAUGGAAUGUGUGAACUUUCAGCUUAUCUCAACUCUCCUGUUCGUUAUAAUUCUACACAUAAUGGAACUGACAUAUUCAAUGAUGCUUGCAAAGCAAAGCCAGUUAAUGUCACCAUCAAUUACUAGAGUUGUGUCACUUUAUUAAUAUAGUUUUUUUUUGGUACGUACACUAAACAUUUCUUUAACCUGCGUAAAAAUGCUCGGUCUGACUCUUGGAUUCCUUUGCUGUUGAUUAGGCUAAAUAUUCAACCACCCUCAUUGUAAAAAGCAAAUGAUUUAAAAGGUAGAUGGGCAAUCAACAACCUAGUCCUUAUAAAAGGCACCUUACAAAGGUUGGCAUCUGCUUCGCUCUGAACGUUUGCAUAGCAAUAGAAAUCAAAAUCAACUCCAUAUCAUCCUUGAAAGAUUUAAUGAUCCAUUGAACAGAUAAAUACAAUUUGGGAAUCUGUUGGGAAUUGUUAUGAAGCUCUGCUCUUUCCCCCUCCUUUGGUUUAUGAACAUUGCUCUUACGAAAGUUCAUACUUCAAAACUAAAUUCAUUAUGAUAGACGUCUUACAUUUUCGAUCAUGGAAUUUUUUCUUCUUUUCUUUUAUUUGCCCUUCAUGAAUAUAACAACAUGUUCUAUUCUUUUGGAAAACCUCAAAUAACGAUUUCUAUCCUUUAUGGACAAUCAGGGAAAUAUAAACAGUAAUUCUCUAACUUAAUUAUAACAGACACUCAUUUUUAAUACUUUUCC